CUCCCUUUCAUCUCAUUGCAGCAAACCAAGAUGGAGUGCGAGUGGAAACCAGACGACCAAGGACUUCAGCAAAUUCUACAGCUUUUAAAAGAGUCCCAGUCUCCCGAUACGUCCACUCAAAGAUCCGUCCAGCAAAGACUGGAACAGCUCAACCAUUACCCAGACUUCAACAACUACUUGAUAUUCGUGCUCACAAAGUUGAAAUCAGAAGAUGAGCCGACCCGGUCUCUGAGUGGUCUGAUCCUGAAGAACAAUGUGAAGGCCCACUACCAGAACUUCCCAAAUGGAGUGUCUGACUUCAUCAAGAGCGAGUGUCUGCAGAACAUCGGAGACUCCUCACCCCUCAUACGGGCCACUGUGGGUAUCCUCAUCACUACCAUCGCCUCCAAAGGGGAGCUGCAGAACUGGCCUGAGCUGCUGCCCAAACUCUGCCUUCUGCUGGACUCUGAGGACUACAACACCUGUGAGGGGGCGUUUGGAGCUCUUCAGAAAAUCUGCGAGGACUCCGCAGAGGUCUUGGACAGUGACAUGUUGGACCGUCCGCUCAAUGUCAUGAUCCCAAAGUUCCUGCAGUUCUUCAAGCACAGCAGCCCCAAGAUCAGGUCUCAUGCCAUCGCCUGCGUCAACCAGUUCAUCAUAAGUAGGACCCAGGCCCUCAUGCUGCACAUCGACGGCUUCAUUGAGAACCUAUUUGCCUUGGCGACCGAUGAAGAACCGGAGGUGAGGAAGAACGUGUGCAGAGCUCUUGUCAUGCUGCUGGAGGUCCGCAUGGACCGUCUCCUACCACACAUGCACAACAUUAUAGAGUACAUGCUGCAGAGGACUCAGGACCAGGAUGAGAAUGUGGCUCUGGAGGCCUGUGAGUUCUGGCUGACCCUGGCUGAACAGCCUGUAUGUAAGGACGUUCUGUGUAACCACCUCUCCAAGCUGACUCCGGUGCUCGUCAACGGGAUGAAGUACUCGGAGAUCGACAUCAUUCUGCUCAAGGGUGACGUGGAGGAAGAUGAUGAGGCCAUCCCUGACAACGAGCAGGACAUCAGGCCCAGGUUCCACCGCUCCCGUACGGUUGCCCAGCAACACGAGGGUGACCGGGACGGCAUUGAGGAAGACGACGAUGAAGACGAUGACCUGGAAGAUGAUGACACCAUCUCUGACUGGAACCUCCGUAAGUGUUCAGCAGCGGCGUUGGAUGUGUUGGCUAACGUGUUCAGAGAUGACUUGCUCCUCCCUAUCCUGCCUCUCCUCAAAGAGCUCCUCUUCCACCCAGAGUGGGUCAUCAAGGAGUCUGGAAUACUUGUUCUGGGGGCCAUUGCUGAGGGUUGUAUGCAGGGUAUGAUUACCUACCUGCCAGAGCUCAUCCCCCACCUGGUGCAGUGUCUGAGUGAUAAGAAGGCCCUGGUGCGCUCCAUCACCUGCUGGACCCUGAGUCGCUAUGCCCACUGGGUGGUCAGCCAGCCACCCGACACCUACCUGAAGCCCCUGAUGACUGAGCUGCUCAAACGCAUCCUGGACUCCAACAAGAGGGUGCAGGAGGCCGCCUGCAGUGCCUUUGCCACUCUGGAAGAGGAGGCGUGUACAGAGUUGGUUCCCUACCUGGCUUAUAUUCUGGACACUCUGGUGUUUGCCUUCAGCAAGUACCAACACAAGAACCUGCUCAUACUGUACGACGCUAUAGGGACACUCGCUGACUCUGUGGGACACCACCUCAACAAGCCGGAGUACAUUCAGAUGCUGAUGCCUCCACUGAUAGCAAAAUGGAACCAGUUGAAGGAUGAAGACAAGGAUCUGUUCCCUUUACUAGAGUGCCUGUCGUCAGUAGCCACGGCUCUCCAGAGUGGUUUCCUGCCCUACUGUGAGCCUGUGUACCAGCGCUGUGUUAACCUGGUGCAGAAGACCCUCGCUCAGACUAUGCUCCACCAGUCCCAGCCAGACCAGUACGAGGCCCCUGAUAAGGACUUUAUGAUUGUGGCCCUGGACCUGCUCAGUGGAUUGGCUGAAGGGUUGGGUGGCAACAUCGAGCAGCUGGUCGCACGUAGCAACAUCCUCACGCUCAUGUACCAGUGCAUGCAGGACAAAAUGCCUGAGGUGCGUCAGAGCUCCUUUGCUCUGCUGGGUGACCUGACUAAGGCUUGUUUCCUGCACGUAAAGCCAUGCAUUGCUGAUUUCAUGCCUAUAUUAGGCACUAAUCUGAACCCAGAAUUGAUAUCGGUGUGUAACAAUGCAACAUGGGCAAUCGGAGAGAUAUCUAUACAAAUGGGUGCUGAGAUGCAACCAUAUGUGGCCAUGGUGCUGCACCAGCUGGUUGAGAUCAUCAACAGGCCCAACACCCCAAAGACCCUGCUGGAGAACACAGCAAUAACAAUUGGUCGUCUUGGUUACGUUUGUCCUCAAGAGGUGGCACCGAUGCUACAGCAGUUUAUAAGACCCUGGUGUACCUCUUUACGUAACAUAAGAGACAAUGAGGAGAAAGACUCAGCGUUCCGAGGCAUCUGCACUAUGAUCAGUGUCAACCCAGGAGGAGUUGUGCAGGAUUUUAUAUUUUUCUGUGAUGCAGUGGCCUCAUGGGUAAAUCCAAAGGAUGAUCUGCGUGACAUGUUUGGCAAGAUCCUCCAUGGGUUCAAGAACCAGGUGGGCGAGGAGAACUGGGGGCGUUUCUCAGACCAGUUCCCUCUGCCUCUGAAGGAACGACUGGCAGCCUUCUACGGGGUGUAACGCUUUCCUUAGGAACAGGCCUGUUUAAGGGGGCCAUUCACUAUGGGAGACGACGGAUGGGAACCUCUUAUACCCAGGGAACAUGUUACCCUUUACUGGGGGUAGGGUCUGCCAGCUGGGGAGGGAAGGGGGUGCAGACCGUGACCCCUCAACCUUCUGGAUGGGCGG